CUCUCUCUUUCCGGCUUUCCGCAAUUCGUUUUGCACUUUGUACGGAUUAUGGAGAUUCCCGCUCAUCCGUAUCUCGUGGGAAAAUAACCAAAUGCCAUCAGUUUACAGAGGGAAAUGCUCGUCUCCCUCUCUCAACCACCGUUGGGUCAAUUUGUUUCCUUCUUCGUCUUCUUCACACGCACAAUUCCACAUUCUUCACCAAUCUACAUUGUGAGAGUUAGGGUUUAAGAAGGGAUUUACUACCAUUGAAGGCGACAACGUAAACUCACAUGCAGCCGACGAGUGCGCCGUGGCACUUUCCCAGCGGCGGAGACUGUGCGGCCGGCAAAGAGGAGCCUACUAACAACGCUGGGAUCGGCUAUGAAGUUCAGUGUAUCGAAGGCGGCGCUAUCGGUGGAUUUGACGGCGUUGAGGUCCCCGGCCCUUACGGCUCUGUGUUCACGGCUGCGGACUCGGCCGCGGCUUACGCUCCCGACCAGCUCACUCUCUCGUUCCGAGGUCAAGUCUAUGUAUUCGACGCUGUUACCCUGGAGAAGGUCCAAUCAGUGCUUUUACUUUUGGGUGGAUAUGAAUACACUCCAGGAGCAUAUCCAACGCAGAGGGAGAAUACUGACUAUUCAGCCCGGUGUAGUGAUCCAAAGAGAGCUGAAUCUCUGAAUAGGUUUCGUCAGAAGAGGAAAGAGCGGUGCUAUGGAAGGAAAAUAAGAUAUAAUAUCCGUCAUGAAGUUGCAGUCAGGAUGCAGCGUAGGAAGGGUCAAUUUGCAUCAAAGAAUACUAUUGCUGGCAAUGCAGUGAUGGAAUCUGGGCAGGACGAUAAUUCACACCAAGAAAUUUGGUGCACUCAUUGUAACACUAGUUCAAAGGCAACUCCUAUGAUGCGGCGAGGACCAGCUGGCCCAAGAACUCUUUGUAAUGCUUGCGGUCUUUUUUGGGCAAACAAGGGGACCAUGAGGGUUCUUCCAAAGAGAAGAUGCAGCAAUACUUUGACUGAAAUGGAGGAUGGAGAUGAAGAUGAAGAUGACUCUGAUUCUGAUUAUGGGAUACCUCUACCUCUACGCUAUAAUAUCGAUUACAUGGCUUCAUCUGCUGGUGAUUCCUCAGCUGUUUUAAGCCCUGAAAGAGGAUGCCAACAGAGCUAAGAUCUCUCUUACCAUCCAGCCAUGUGAAAGCUAUUUACUAAUUGACUGUACAGGUAUCUUCACAAGUAUACAAGGUUUGAACCAGGUCACUGUUUUGGUAAUUUUUGGAUAGGUUAUUUACAUAACCUAAGCAUACAGUUUUACAUAUCUUAUGUCUAUGGAAGCUAUAUCACCAGAUGCCUCAGGUUAGCUACAAAACUAUAAGUCAAACAAAGCUGAUUAUGUUGGAUUAUCAGAAAUCAUUAGUACUGUAAAGAUGUUUGAAUUUGAUCUGUGAUUAAGUUAAUGCCUAACUACGCAUAGCCUAAGUAGUU